AUGACCGUGGUGCUCUCAUUGUUCUUCCUUGUUCUCUGUGCACGGCGUGUACUAGCACGUACAUACUGUAAGGAUUUCUAUGGACACGUAUACCGAUGCGACAAUGGCUUGAGCACUGCAGCUCGCAUCGCAAUCGGAGUUUCCGUUACUGCUGCGUUCAUACUACUCCUUGCGGGGGUGUUAUAUUACCGCCAUCGUCAUGCACGACGAAAUGUCGUAUUCACCCAACAACCAUACUUGGACCCAUACAACAACCCGUCUCCAGAAUUUGGGCGGGGUGAAGGAUGGAAUACAACGGGCGGCACUGGCGUGAGCUACCCACCCCCCGCUCAUCCACCUCCACCUGGCGGACAUCACCAAUAUCCUCCACCUCCUGGACCGCCCCCUAAUCAUCAAGUCUGA